AUGAGGUAUUGUCAGGCAGUUGCUGAGCAGCCGGUUUUUCCGGUUUAUGCGGAUGCGGGGAGGAGUAAUCCGAGGCGAGUUGAAGGCGCGAAGCCAAUUCUGAUUAUGAAUGCGACUGUGCUUGAUGGGGGUGGGAAGGCUACGUAUGGGGCUUCGGUGUUACUUAAGGAUGGGUUGGUCAUGAAGGUUGUGGAGGGGAAGAUUAAGGAUGUUCCUCAAGGGACGAUCAAGAUCAAUGCUCAUCACCGGUAUCUCACACCCGGGUUGGUUGACAUGCACUCCCACGUUGGAGUAGACUCUCUACCCGAGCUAUGGGCUGUGGACGACACGAAUGAGAUGACGAGCGCAAUUACCUCCCAGAUGCGGUCCCUUGACGGUAUCAACCCCUCUGAUCAGAUGUUCCUUCGCAUCGCGUCUGGUGGAGUUACCACCUCCCUCGUCCUUCCUGGUUCGGCAAACAACAUGGGCGGAGAGGCAUUCGCCGUUAAGCACAGAGUUCCGGAGAGUUUGAAGGUUGAUGAUAUGCUAGUUCAGCACAACAUCACAGAGAAACCGUGGAGGUGGAUGAAGAUGGCGUGUGGGGAGAACCCGAAGCGUGUAUACCCCAACGAGGUCAACACCCGUAUGGGUGAAUCUUGGGCCUUCAGACACAGAUUUGAGCAAGCUCAGAAGUUGAUGCAAAAACAAGACGCAUGGUGCGCAGCCGCCUCCUCUCUGAGCCCUCAGGACGUCCGCGAACCCUUCCCCUCCGACCUCGAGUUGGAGAGUGUCGUCGGCGUCCUCCGCGGCGACGUUCGUGUCAACAUCCACUGCUACGAGACGAUGGACCUCGAAGCUCGUCUCCGCGAGUCCGCUGAAUUCGGAUUUCAGAUCCGUGCAUUCCACCAUGGCCUCGACGCCUGGCGCGUCCCUCAGAUGAUGAAAGACGGAAACCUAACCAUCGCAACAUUCUCCUCCCUCUGGGGCUACAAGAAGGAAGCAUACCAAGCCUCUGUCUACGCUGGCAAAAUUCUCUCAGAACAUGGCGUACCCGUCGCAUACAAAUCUGAUCACCCUGUGUUGAACGCGCAGGAUCUGAUUCAUGAGGCGAGGGUUGGACAUCAUUUUGGGCUUGCGGAGGAGCUGGCGUUCGCGGCUGUGACGGGGACGCCGGCGAGGGCUUUGGGGUUGAGUCAUCGGGUUGGGUUUCUGAGGGAGGGGUAUGAUGCUGAUGUUGUGUUGUGGGAUGCGCACCCACUUACCUUGGGGGCGAAGCCGGUUGAGGUUUGGGUUGAUGGUGUGUCGUUGUUUGAUGUCAAGGCGAAGGCUCUGGACGUCGAGGUCGGCAAGGUCGAGGAGAAGGCUCUGCCGAAGCAGCGUCAAUCCGAGCCCGUGCAAGCAAAGUCAUGCCAAGUUGGUCAGGAGAACAUCAUCGUCACUGGCCUGACCAAGGCAUUCUUUGUUGCCGAGGAGGACGAGCUCACUGCCGCUCAAGAAUCUGGUUCCGAGCCAUUCUCCAUGGUCAUUCGCAACGGCUCCAUUGCCUGUAUCGGCUCCUGCGAUACCGAGGUCGCCGCUGCCUCAACCUUCGGCGUCCCAGUCAUCAAGCUCGAGAAUGGACACGUACUGCCCGGCAUCACCGCCUUGACCACUGCUCUCGGUCUCUCUGAAAUCGAGUCGGAGGACUCUACGCGGGAUGGCGAGGUUGAUUCUUCGAAGAAUCCUACCGAUCCGAAGUCGGUCGUCUUCGCAAAAGACGGAUUGAUGUUCGACGGCUUGCACAUCGAACGCGCUUACAAGAACGGAGUGCUUAAUGCCAUCACAGCCCCAAGCUCCGAAGGCUUCUUGGAGGGGGUAUCGGUUGCGUUCAGGACGAGAGGCAAGAGUGUCCUUGACCCUGCGGCGGUGAUUAAGGAAGAAGCUGCGUUGCACUUUACGGUCGGACAGGGUGGGAAGGACGAUUCCUUGAAGACUGUUAGUUCGCAGAUCGCGGCGCUGAGGAGUUUGUUGAAGGACAAUGAGGGAAAGGAGAAUGUCUAUGGCAAGGCAGCAAGCGGUGCUUUGUCUAUUUUGGUGAAAACACAUAACAAGGACGUCAUUGCCCAUCUUAUCGCCUUGAAGACGGAGCUAAACAGCAUCAAACUCAUCAUCGUUGGCGGUAUCGAGAGUUACCUCGUCGCCAAGGACCUGGUUGAAGCCGACGUUCCGGUCAUUCUGACCUCUUGGCGCUGCCAGCCAGAAUCCUGGGAAAGCCGCCAUUGUCUCCCAGGUCCUCCCAUGACCGCCGAGACGGCCUUGCAGGUUCUUGUCGAUGCUAAUGUUACCGUGGCUCUUGCGCAGCCAGACGAUGGCUUACUCGGACAAUUAUACUGGGAAGCGGGAUGGGCGUCUCAUAUGGCUGGGAACCUUAACGAGAAGGACGCGGUCGCGCUUGUUAGUACGAACGUGGAGAAGAUCUUGGGGUUGGAUGUUAAGAGGAGGAGCGAAUUUGUCAUCUAUGAGGGUAACCCAAUGGACUUCGGGGCGAGCGUUGCGGUUGUUCUUGGGGAUGGGGUUCAGGCAUGCUGGCCCGAGGUCGAGUAA